AGUAAAGAGGGCGGCGCAGUCACAUGCAGGAAUCUGUGAGUGAGACAGAUGGAGGCUGCAGAGGAAGAGCUGUCUGACGGUAUACAGGUUCUCCUAUCCACAGAGGGAAGAGAUGUGGCCCCUCACUGCCCCCAUGGACCAACCCUGCUGUUUGUAAAGGUUUCUCGGGGCAAAGAAGACGGCAGAAAGUUCUAUGCAUGUUCAGCUUGUAGGGACCGGAAAGACUGCAGAUUUUUCCAGUGGGAAGGUGAAACGAUUUCACAAGCUAGGCUUCUAGCACGAGAAGAAUACAACCAAAGCAGAAAGCCUACCUUGACCCAUGAACAGUAUAUGUUAAGGUUCCAGGAAUAUAUCAGAUUACCAUUGGCGAAAAGAAAGUUUUGCAGAGACUGUCAGCAACUUCUUCUGCAGGAGGAUUGGGACAGUCACUCUGGACAUCAUGUGAUUGGUGACGUGUCUGUAUCCCGGUUAAAGAGACCCAGCCAACUGCUUCAUCCCUUGGAAAACAAGAAGACCAACGCACAAUAUUUGUUUGCUGAUAGAAGCUGCAAAUUCCUCCUGGAAACUAUUCGCUCCCUGGGCUUCACAAGAGUGAUCUGUAUUGGCACUCCCAGGCUACAUGAGUGGAUUAGACUCCAAACCCAUGAAGAAUCAGGACUUAAAGUUAAAAGCCUCUUGCUAGACAUCGAUGUCAGGUAUUCCCAGUUCUACAGUGAGGAGGAAUUCUGUCAUUACAACAUGUUUAACCAUCAUUUUUUUGGUGGCGAGCCAUCACAGAGCAAGUGUCAAAAAUUUCUUCAAGAAGAUAACGGUGAUGGUGUCAUCAUGGUGACGGACCCUCCUUUUGGUGGCUUAGUGGAACCUCUUGCCUUCAGCUUUAAAAUGUUAAGGGAGAUGCACAAUGGAGCUUCUGCCACAGGUAGCUUUAAAAAGUUGCCCAUUUUCUGGAUCUUCCCAUAUUUCUUUGAAUCUCGCAUUGUGCAGUGUUUCCCACAGUUCACCAUGCUGGAUUAUCAGGUAGACUACGAUAACCAUUCUCUUUAUAAACAUGGGAAGACCGGGAGAAAACAAUCGCCUGUACGCAUUUUCACAGAUCUUCCACCAGAGAGUAUUGUGCUCCCGGAAAGUGAGGGUUAUAGGUUUUGCUCUCUGUGUAAAAGAUUUGUGUCGUCUGCCAAUAAACACUGUGAUGUCUGCAAUUCUUGUACCUCCAAAGACGGCAGGGAAUGGAAACACUGUUAUCUGUGCAAGAAAUGUGUGAAGCCAUCUUGGAUACAUUGUAAUUCCUGCAGCCGGUGUGCGCUACCCACUCACUCCUGUGGCAGUGCAGAAAGUGGUUGCUUUGUGUGCGGAGAAGAAGAUCACAAACGCAGUAGCUGUCCACGCCAACGUGAGACUGGAACCCACAAAAAAAAGAAAGUUCGAGCCAAAAAGUAUUUUAGCAGGACUGUACGAAACACUGUACCUGCUGCAGCUGGUCAUAAGAAGAUGAGGAAGAAGAGAAAAAAGAAGAAACCUCUGUCUUGAUUAGCUUUAAAAACUAGUUGUUAAGCUGCUUUUACACACUUAGUCAUGUCCACUCGUAAUAUUUUAGCUGUUCUAUACCAGUUGCCGAAUACAGAUCAGACUUCACUGUUAACGUGCCCGAGAAAAAUUAAGAUCUCGUUUUAUAACAAUUUUUGUUUUUCUUAAAAUUCCAAUUCACAAUGAAGAAUCCACAACUGUUUGCAUGUAUUUAUCAUUAAAGUGGGUCUAUCACA